AUGCCUAGAGGGAGACACAAAUUCCUCCCCUCCGACGUCGUUCUCUUAACGACGCUGCUCGCGGCCAUCAUCCGCCAUGCUUCCUGCGACGACGGAGCUGUCAUGGCCAAGCUGGCCAAAGCCACCAACCCACCCGGCUGGACUGGCACCGAUUUCUGCAAAUGGGACGGCGUCGCCUGCGAUUCGCCCGGCAGAGUCAGCUCCAUCAACCUUGCAUCGAAAUCCCUCUCUGGAACAUUGCCACCUGAGAUCAACCAGCUCUCCGGCCUGAAAACCCUCAGCCUCCAACGGAACAAGUUUUCGGGGCCGUUGCCGGCUUUAUCCAACAUGGCUUCUCUUCAAGAAGUCAAUCUUGAAGAAAAUGGUUUCACUUCCAUCCCAACAGGCUUCCUCUCAGGCCUAACAAGUUUGCAAUUCUUCAGCAUCAACAACAACAGCAAUCUCCCACCAUGGACAAUGCCCACCACCAUCAAAGAUUCGCCGUCUCUCACUACUUUCUACGCGAGCAAGGCCAACAUGGUGGGCGAGAUUCCAGACAUUUUCGGAUCUCUGCCAAAUUUUGCGAACCUCAAAAUCUCCUACAAUAACCUGACAGGGUGGCUGCCGUGGUCGUUCUCCAAAUCCGGGAUUCAAACAUUGUUGCUCAAUAAUCAGAUGGUGGGGCUCUCAGGGCCCAUUGACGUUAUUGGCGAAAUGCAUAGUUUGAGAGAGGUUUGGCUUCACAGCAAUCAGUUUACAGGGAGUAUACCUGACCUCUCUGCCUGCACAGAACUGUCAGAUCUCCAGCUACGCGACAAUCGGCUCACGGGGGUCAUCCCCGAUUCACUUACGAAGCUUCCAAAGCUGAAGAAUGUCGCCUUGCAGAGCAACGUGUUCCAGGGUCCAGUACCAAGCUUCCCACCAGGCAUUCAAGUGAAUCUUGGAAAAGAGAACCAUUUCUGCAACACUAGCCCCGGUCCGUGUAAUCCCCAGGUCACUGUGUUGCUCGAGAUUGCAGCUGCAAUGUACUAUCCAAUGACCUUAGCAGAAGCCUGGGAAGGGAAUGAUGCAUGUCAGCAAUGGCAGUUUGUUACGUGUGAGAAGGGGAGCGUGGUCGUGAUAAAUUUCUCCAAGCAGAAUUUCAACGGAAUUAUAUCACGUUCAUACGCCAAUUUACCUAGUUUAAGAUCAUUGUAUUUAAAUGACAAUCAUCUGGUGGGAGUCAUACCAAAGAGGUUGACAAGUUUGAAGCAGCUGCAGAUUCUCGAUAUCUCCAACAACAAUAUUUCUGGAAAAGUGCCAUCAUUCCAAUCUUCAGUUAUAUUGAAAGUGAAUGGUAAUCCAUUCAUUGGGAGAGUCGUGCCAAUCACCUAUCCAGGAGGACGUCCGCCACCCGGUGUAGAACUAGAAGAGACAGAUUCUUCUCCAGCGACAUGGUUGAAAGUUAUCAUUGUUCUCAUCUGUCUCGUUGUCGUUGCUGUCUUGGGAUAUGUGACCUACAGAUGCUGCAUUAGAAAGCCAAGACACAAAUACCAAUGGUUUAAGAAAAUGAGUGGAGAGCAACACAGCAUCAGCAUCGAUCAGACAACAGAUUAUGGCAAAAGCACCAAUGUCAGUAGUUUCAACCAAACUCCCAUCAAAAGUGGUGAAAUCAGUGAUUAUAAUAUAUAUGAUGGGGGGAAUGUUACCAUACCAAUUGAAGCCCUCCGAAAAGCUACUGACAACUUCAGCAAAGACAGCAUACUGGGGAGGGGAGGAUUUGGCAUUGUUUAUAAAGGAGUACUCCACGAUGGCACUAAAAUAGCAGUAAAGAGAAUGGAAUCCUCAAUGCUCAGCGACAAGGGACUAAACGAAUUCAAGGCUGAAAUAGAGGUCCUCACGUCGGUCAGACACCGGAAUUUGGUCUCCCUUCACGGAUUUUGCAACAAUGGUAGUGAGAAGCUAUUAGUUUACGAGUACAUGCCAAAAGGAUCUUUGUGCCAGCAUCUGUUCGAAUGGAAGGAAAUGGGAACUCCUCCCCUAACUUGGAACCAGAGAGUGAAUAUAGCUCUCGAUGUUGCCAGAGGGGUUGAGUACUUGCAUAGCAUGGCGAACCAGAGCUUCAUUCACAGAGAUCUGAAACCAUCCAACAUUCUUAUCGGAGAUGACAUGAGGGCAAAGGUUUGUGAUUUUGGCUUGGUGAGACAAGCCCCCGAUGCCAAUCAAUCGUUCGAAACACGGUUAGCAGGAACCUUUGGCUAUCUUGCUCCAGAAUAUGCCGCGACAGGAAAGGUUACUGUAAAAGUCGAUGUAUAUGCCUUCGGUGUGGUGUUGAUGGAAAUCAUCACUGGGAGAAAGUCCUUGGACAGUUCCCUGCCUGACGAUAGUAGCCACCUGGUGACGUGGUUCCGGCCAUUCCUCCAAGAUAAAGAUCAGAUCAAAGAGGCUGUGGAUCCUGUCCUCCGUUCAGACUUAAACGAGGAAACUUUCGAAAGUAUGUGGAAGGCGGCCCAGCUAGCCGGGCACUGCACAAGAGAAGCAAACCAACGGCCUGACAUGAGCCAUGUCGUCACGGUGCUCUCGUCUCUGGUGGAGCAGUGGAAGCCAGCUGCAGAUGAAGAUAGCUUCAGGGUAGACUUCGGCAUGAGCCUCUCACAAGUCUUGCAGAAAUGGAAACUUAAUGAGGAUUCAUCCUCCACAAUAGCCACUGAUUACAUCAAACAGAAAAAACCUCCACAAUAGCCACUGAUUACAUCAAACAGAAGAACUAAUAAACCAACAUCAGCAAUAAACAUACAUAAUCAAGCUCUCUGUUAUGCCAAUUGUACCUCACCUGUAUUGUUCAGCUUAGUAUGUUACCCGUUUUUUUGUAAUUUUGGAUGCUAUACUUGGUUUACAUUCAAUAAAGUAAGGUUGGUGGUUUCAUUUUAUUUUUGAGAGAAAUUUCAAAUCAUCUAUUUUGUCUCAUACUAAACUUGAUAUUUGAUAAAAAUGUCUAUUCCUGUCAUGUUUAUAACAUUGGAUGAAAUGACAUAGUAUACAAGAGUUUAUACUACAUGAGACACCGGCUAAAAAAUAAAAUAGGAGGGGAAGAGAGCUAGUGAGAGAGAGGACAGGUUGCAUAUAUAUACACAAAUAACAUCGUUUUACAGGAAUUCACUACAAAACUAUCAAGAGUACACCUAGGACAUCCGUAUUUGAAUUUGCAGCUUCGCAUUAAAGCCUGCAUCCUAUGCAAGAAAAACUAGGAAAAUAAAGCAAACCCUCAUUUCUCUAAAUAGUAGUAUAUCCUUUAGUGCCUCGUCUAAACAGUUAAAUCAAGAUGCAGCAAAAUUAUAUUCUUCAUUCACCAAUAAUGCAGCCAUGAGGAAUUCAAGAAGCCUUAUCCUUUUACACAAAAAAGAAGAAACUGAGCCUCAAUUGCACCUAAGCAUCAUAGCUCAAAAAAAAAAUUGCCACUCAGAGGAACUUCACUACAACAGGAUCGAGAAAUACUUUCUAUGGACUUACAAUGAGUGCAGUGUAAUUGCCAGCUCGAUCAAAUUCCAACUCUGCUUGGCCAAAAUAUCUUCAUAUAAAACUAGGAAGCUAAGCCAUCUGAACAUAAAGAAGGGAAUCUCUCCCUAAAUGCAAAAUGCUCAAACUAGAUUCUCAAAUAUUUUACUCGAGCUUUUAUAAUCAACAAAGUGUACCGAUGCUUGAAAGACCAUACGAGAAAUCAAAGCAACUAGAGAUCCCGACUUGUAAAGUGCAGCCCGUCCAGCAAAGUCUUGUAUGUCUUCUCAUUCAUGUUAGUGUCCCUCUUUCGGAAGCUUUCAAGAAGCUUGAAGGCCACAUUGCCCUUCCCAUCCCUACACAUUUCUUCGAGCAGUGUCUUGUACGUCAACAAAUCAGGCGACAACGAAUUCCCUAUCAUGUUAAAUGCAGCCUCGAUCGCCUCCUGAAACUUCCUCUCCAUUGCCAGACUACAAAUUAAAACCAAAUAGGUAGUAAAUUUUGGCACCAGCCCUUUUGAUCUCAUCUCCUGAUAAAAACCCCACCCCUGACUCACUCUACCCUUCUCACACAAUCCCUUCACCAAAUAACUAUAUGUAUACGAAUUAGGCUCGCAGCCAUACAGCCCCAUUUCGCGAAAAAACCCUAAUCGCCUCAUCAACCUGAAGGCAUUUUGAGUAGGCUUUGAUGAUCAUGUUCAACACGAAGGCGUCAGGGAUCACCCCAGACGACUUCAUCUGCUUAGAUAACGAUCUCACAGCAUGCAAAUACACAUAACACACAUUCAGUUUAUCGAACUUCCUCAAAAGUGAACCGAAAAGCAUCGCAUAAGUCUCCAAAUUAGGCCUAGCAUCCUCAGAUUUCAGCAUCUUCUUAUACACAUCGAAAGCGCGAUUAAACAGGAAUUUACGGUCACAACAGAAUUUAAUCAUGGUGUUGAAAAGCGGGAGGCUGGCGGCGCACGCGCCGGCGAGAACUUCAUCGAUGAGAGUCUCGGCGGCGCGGUACCGCUUACCUGAGACGGCGAUCUCCAUCAUCGAGAGGUAGGUGACGUGGUUGUGCCUGUAGUGGCGCUGCUGCGCCGUCCACCGGAAAAUGUCGAGCGCGAUGUCCGGGUCGGGCUGGGCCCGGAGGGCGUCGUCGACGUCGGAAUGAGUGAAUCCGGGCUUUAGUUUGUGAAGCCACGACUCGAAUUGAUUUUCCAUUGGGGUUCGGGAGCGAGGAUUUGGGGGUUUGGGUGGUAGGGUUUGAGGGGUGACGGAUAGAGUCGGCGGCGGCGGAGGGUCGUCGAAAGUGGUGGAGGUGAGGUGGCGGACAGAGAGACGGAGGAGGGAAGCUCGGAUGGUACGAGGUAAAAUGAGGGCCAUUGCUGGCGGUGGCGAGAGCGGAGAGUUCGCCGGCGGCGGUGGUUUGUGCUAU